CACAAAGCUAUAGCGUUUCCGGCCAGCUCAGCGUCAGUGCUGCGGUGUUGUCAGUUUCCAGCCUGUCAAACGGAGCUUCGAGGAGCCUGCAGUGUGCUGAGCAGCGGAGCUUUUCGCAGAGAUGGUGCUGCUGACGAUGAUCGCUCGGCUGGCUGACGGCCUGCCGCUGGCCGCCUCCAUGCAGGAGGACGAGCAGCUGGGCCGGGACCUUCAGCAGUAUCAGAGUCAAGCUAAGCAGCUCUUCAGGAAACUCAAUGAGCAGAGCCCCACACGCUGCACUUUAGAGGCCGGUUCGAUGGCGUUUCACUAUUGUAUAGAGAAAGGAGUGUGCUACCUGGUGCUUUGUGAAGCCAGCUUUCCCAAGAAGCUAGCCUUUGCUUACCUUGAAGACCUCCAGGCAGAGUUUCAUGAGCAGCACGGAAAGAAGGUCCCCACAGUAUCCCGGCCUUACUCCUUCAUUGAGUUUGACACCUACAUUCAAAAAACCAAGAAGUCGUACAUCGACAGCCGAGCGAGGAGGAAUCUGGGCAGCAUCAACACAGAACUGCAGGACGUACAGAGGAUCAUGGUGGCGAACAUCGAGGAGGUGCUGCAGAGAGGAGAGGCGCUUUCCGCACUCGACUCCAAGGCCAGCAACUUGUCCAGCCUGUCGAAAAAGUACAGAAGCGACGCCAAGUAUCUGAAUACCCGCUCCACCUAUGCCAAGCUGGCAGCUGGAGGUGUCUUUUUCAUCAUGCUCAUUGUCUACGUACGCUUCUGGUGGCUCUAAGAGAGGAAAGAGAAAAAGAAGGAGGAGGAGGAGGUGCCGAAGUGGGAAAAUGGGCUGCACAGAGUCUGCAGACACUAAGAAAAGCUGUCACCUUCGACUAAAAACACAGGAUUCCUGCUCUUAAUAAGACUUUACAAACAUGCCACCGCCCAUUUUGUCCUCGCCUGUCCAUGGAUGUGUGCUCUUAAUAUAAAUGAUGUCAUAGUACAUAGUUUUAUUAAUAACAAUUACACAACAAUGCUCUCGUAGUAGCCGGGGAUUUCAGAUGAUGUGCGAAUGUGGGAGUGUCUGCGUGUGUGUGUGUGCAAAAAAAAAAAAGUUUUGUGAGUUUUCAAAGCUGUGUUGUACUGUAACAGGAGCGGCUGAUUAUCCACCUAAUUUCAUUUUUUCCUGCACUUCCUUUAAUAAAAUAAUCAUGGCAGUGAUGGACAGCAUACUGGAUCCAUUAGAGUCUAAGAGAUUUCAAAGACAUGGCAUUAAUAUGUUUUAGGAUGUUAAAUCGCCCCGGCAACGUAAUAGGAAAAGAUAUCCAAGUCAGCUGUUUUUGUUUUGUUUUUUUUACAUACUGUGUGGAAGCCUGCAGACGCUGUUUGACCUGAUUUAAUUAGCCAAAACGUGUGGGAUGAUGGUGAGCCAAUCACUGACUGUACAAUAAUUAUUGAGUAAAAUACAAACUGUGCUCGGUGGAUCACUGAGGGUUAAUAUUUAAAAGCUUAUUAAUGUUUGCAUGGUUAAAUAAGGAGUAGGUCCAUUGAUGAGGAAGUCUUCAUGUCAUGUAAAAGAGGCCUUGAUUAUAUUCAGCUUUAGCCUUUAGAACUGCCUUUUUUUUUAAAAGAGUGGCUUUAAAAUUGUAAUAUUUCCAAUAAAUGAAAGCUCCAUGUGUGCGCGUCUUGAUUGUGAAUAUUAUAUGGUAUAUAUUAAUCUCUGUCUCAAAUAAUGAGUAACUUCAGGUGAUGAGGAAUAUUACAUUUUAUCCCAAUAAUUGUUGUACAGUCUGGUAACCCUCAGCCGCGUGACGGCGCUUCCACCAUGACUGCAAGUAGGCGUUCACAGAGACGUUUUAAGUUCAGCGGGCUCCUUUUGUUUUGUAAAAUUUGUAGACUUCAUUUAAAGCCGAGAGUCGCCGCUGUUCGCUCUCAGCUGGAAAGGAACCCGCCUCUUUUCCUGUUCUGUCUUCUCUCUAUGAAUAAAGUCUUUUACACUCA